AUGGUCAAUUUGAUUUUAUUGAUAUAUCUUAUAAAUGUGGAAUUGAUAAAAAAACUAAAUACAUUCGAAAUAUAUAUUAAUAAACACAUAGAUUGUGUCGUUAUCCACAAAGGUUGCAAAUUGGAGUAUUUCUAUGAAUUUUAUGAAAACUUUAGAGGUUUUUUCAAGGUUUUUUAUUAUAAUAGAAACAUAAUUAUUACCUCUAUUCCGGGUAUCGCUCGUUUUACAGCUGGAUUAUGGUUUAACACUGCCACUUUAGGUGCAAGAGAUCCGAUCAAUGGUUCAUGGAAUGGGUUUGCCUUUAAUAGGUCAGUUAGCAUUCAAUAUCCAACUGCUGCAAUUUCAUUUGGUACGAGAGCGUCCACCAUCAGAAAUGAAAAUAAAGUUUUAAAUCUUACAGGAAACCAAUCACAACUCAGUGGUUCCACUUCAACAAACAACAAACAACAAGCCAAUUUAAUUCCAAAUAAUCCACCAUUCUUUAUUACUAUUCCAUCAGCUAUCCUCUUAAGUGGAGUUGAACCUAUUAAAAUUGAUCCCCAACCCCAAAAUUUCGUAUUUGAUCUUUUUCUUUUGAAAAAUAGAAUAGAUAUACUUCCAAAUUUCUUUCAAAGUGGCCAUAAUAUUUACAUUGAACCCAAUUAA